AUGGCUGUUAUCUUUUUCUACUUGGCUAUUGUAUUUGUCUUCCUCGCCGUCUUCGUGGGACUAUGCUGCCGUCUCCUCGUGUUUAUGAAGAAAUCAGAGACUGCGCCUAGGUGGUUAACUCGGCGUAGUAUUCCUGUUUCUGCUUCAGCUGCUUUGGCGGAGGAUUCGCCGUCUCGGUCUCGGUGGAAGAACGACGUCUUCCUCAGUUUCAGAGGUACUGAUGUUCGUAAAUAUUUCGUCAGCCAUCUCUACGAGGCUCUCAAAAGUGAAGGAAUCGAACCCUUUCACGACGACAGAGAACUUCAGAAAGGCGAUUACAUCUGGAAGGGACUCGACGAAGCGAUGAUUCAGUCAAAACACGCCAUCGUCGUCAUAUCCAAGGGCUACGCUACCUCUCGCUGGUGCUUGGAAGAGCUUUCGGUUAUGGUCGACCUCGUUGAGAAGAAAGGCCUUCAAUUGAUACCUAUAUUCUAUGAAAUUGAUCCGUCAGACUUGAAGAGACGAAGCGGGUGCUUCUACGAAGCUCUUAAGAAUCAUGAGCUGAGGUAUGAUCUGGAUACGGUGCGUAGAUGGAGAAGGGCUUUGUCUGAAGUUGGAAAUAUUUCUGGCUGGGAUUCCAAAAGCAGGAAAGAGGACUCAGAGCUUAUACGGGUAGUAGUUCAAGAUCUUUCUGACAGAUUAUCCUCACAGUUAUCUGGCGGCACAAAUGGGUUGGUGGGGAUGAGUUAUCACAAGAAAGUCAUGGAAUCUUUCUUGUCAAUGGACUCCGGAGAUGUCCGAAUGGUAGGAGUCUGGGGUAUGGGUGGAAGAGGGAAAACCACCAUUGCAAAGUAUAUCUUUGAAGAAUUUUCUAGUCAUUUUGAUGCUCGUUGCUUGCUAGAAAACGUGAAAGGAGAUUUCAAACUAUAUGGUGAAUCACAUUUGCGAAAGGAAAUUAUGUCUGGAAUCUUCCCGAAGAGUCCCCUGAAUGCACGAUGUAUCAGCCCUGAUGCAAUGAAGCGAAGACUUCGUGGCAAGAAGGUUCUUCUCGUCCUCGAUGAUGUUGAUGACAUUCAACAACUGCGCGCAUUGGCUGGAAGCUGCGACUGUGAAGCCUCUGAGGACUACUCAAGCACUUCAGCUUUUCAGUGA